GGGGCAGCAGCUGCUUCCGGGGCGCGGACCAGCUGAGAAAAACCCCGCCAAACAUUAAACAACCAGCGAACGUCUCCCGCAGAUGCGCGCGCGCUCCCGCCCGCCCGCUUGCAACGAUCGAUCGCCCAAUCCGAUCGAUAAGCACUCGCUUAUACUUCCUGGACGAUGGAGGUUGCCCCGAAGAGGCCGUGUCCCCACCCGACGAACGGACGCCUUCGCCGGGUGUCGAUCGAGGGAAACAUCGCCGCGGGCAAGUCCACCUUUGUGCGCCUUUUGGAGCAGGUGAGCCCGGACUGGGAGGUGGUGCCGGAGCCCAUCGCCAGGUGGUGCAACGUCCAAACCAAAGGCAGCGACUUCGAGGAGCUCACCACAUCUCAGAGGAGUGGAGGGAACGUACUGCAGAUGAUGUACGAGGAACCGGAGCGAUGGGCCCACACCUUCCAGAGCUACGCCUGCAUCAGCCGCGUGCGAGCGCAGAUCAAGUCGGCCAAUGGGAAGCUCCGAGAGGCGGAGAAUCCCGUGCAGUUCUUUGAGCGGUCCAUCUACAGUGACAGGUACGUCUUUGCAGCCAACCUGUACGAGAGGAAGUGCCUGAAUGAGACGGAGUGGUCCAUCUACCAGGACUGCCACGGCUGGCUGCACAGCCAGUUCGGGAAGCACCUCGAGCUCGAUGGGAUCAUCUACCUCAGAGCCUCGCCCGAGAGAUGUUUGGAGCGGCUGCACCUGAGGGGCAGAGAGGAGGAGCAGGACAUCCCUCUGGAGUACCUGGAGGAGCUCCACCGGAAGCACGAGAGCUGGCUGCAGCACAAGACCAUGACCAUGGACUUUGAGUAUCUCAGCGACGUGCCCGUCUUGACCAUGGACGUGAACGAGGACUUCAAGGGGGACGAAAUCCAGAGCGCCGACAUGAUCGAGAAGGUGAAGCGGUUCUUGAGCACGCUGUGAAGAUCGCUCUGCGAUUUGGAAAAUCUAAUCCGCUUCACAGGAGGAGGAAAAGCUAAACGGAGUGACUUUUUAUAAGUAUGAAAUGCCUCCUUGGCGGCUGUUUAUUUUUCUAAUAAUCACAAUCAUCACCCGCGAUCCGACCUGCAACUUGUUUUUACUGAAAAGAAACUUUAUGAACUUUUUUUUCUUGUGUAUUUAUGUCAUGUUUUGUACUGUCAGUUCUAGCAAAUAACAUUAAACUUGAAAUGCUCGUGUACAUUUUUGUGGUCUUCUAAUGCAGUAAAUAGACGUUUUUAAAAGUGUCUCAAAUAUAACCUGUGUGGUUAAAACCAGCGACGACGAUGAUGAUGAUGAUGAUGAUGAUGCUGUUCAGCUCUUCCAGAAGAUGUCGCCAGUCUCCUCAGAUAGUGUGUGUGUGUGUGUGUGAUGCAGAUACCAGUGUGUACUGCUAAAUUAAAACCCCUUGA